UUUUAAAGGUAGCAGAAAUCUGUGCUGGUUCAGUUAGUGUUAGAUUCUUGGUGAAUUAUCAUCUUUGGUGAAGUGUUAGAGAAAGUACUUUGAUGAGAAAUCCUAAGAAUUCUACUGUUACAGCCAAUCACAAUGACCUCGAGAGCUUACCAAUAUUUUGCUACCUUAAGCGGAAAUAUCGCUGCGAUGGUAUUUGGAAUUACUGUCAGUUGGGUAUCACCAGUAGUUCCUGUACUUCUAACAUCGCAAUCAGCCUUGCCAUCAGGUCCCAUUACCAAGGAUCAGGCAUCAUGGAUUAACUCAUCUACGUGCUUGGGAGCAAUAGCUGGAAAUUUGAUCUAUGGAACUCUAGUUGAUCGUAUCGGAAGGAAAUGGUCAUUGUUUCUCCUCACUGUUCCACAUGCCAUAUCCUUUUUAUUGAUUCUCUUCGCUCAGGAUGCGAUGUACUUACUAAUAUCUCGAAUUAUUGGAGGAAUUGCUGGUGGAGGACUCUUUGUUGUUCUACCGAUUUACGUCAAUGAAAUUUCUGAAGAUAAAAUCCGAGGACGGCUUGGAUCAGCUUUGAUUGUAUCAGACAAUAGCGGUAUCCUAAUUGGGUAUGUAAUAGGAAGCUACAUGACCAUAUCGACCUUCCCUUAUGUCGUCCUUACAAUGGUUACCAUCUUUGCAUCGACCUUUCUCUUCUUCCCUGAAACACCAUACUACCUCCUGCUGAAGAAUCGUCCUGCUGAGGCAGAAAAGUCCCUCAAAUUCUACCGUGGGGUAACAGCCAAUGUGAAAAACCGUGCCCUAUUGAACUUCCAAGCGGAAUUCGAGAAAAUGAAAAACCUCGUCAGUAGUGCCACGAAAAAAGAUUCCGUUACAAUGCGAGAUUUAACUUCCCCAACGGUGUUGCGUGCCAUUCUUAUCAGUUUGGUGUUGUUGAUGGGAACGGAUUUCUGUGGUAUUUUUGCCAUAGUCACCUAUACCACCAGCAUUUUCCAUGAAGCCGGAUCAGAUUUAAGUCCCAGUACAUCUUCAAUCAUUGUAGCCGGUAUUCAAGUACUGGGAUCUUUUGUUGCAACUUGGCUUGUUGACCAUGCUGGACGAAAGAUCCUACUUAUUGUAUCUGCAACUGGAACAGCUCUAUGCCACACUGCCCUCGGAAUCCAUCUAUUUCUGAAAGCCUCCGGUUUUGAUAUGUCGAACUACGGAUGGUUACCCCUAUCUGCUCUAUCCGGAGCAGUUUUCAUUUGCAACAUCGGAAUCAACAAUUUACCUUUCUUCAUCUUUGCCGAACUCCUACCACCCAAAAUUCUAGGUUUUCUCGCUACAGCUUUCCUCUUCAUAUCAUGGAUAAUAGCAUUUCUAGUGCUACUCUACUAUACCUAUUUCGUUGAAACAUUCGGCAUGUAUACAUGCUACUGGUUCUUCGCUGGGUUCUGCUUCUUCGAAGCUCUUUUUGUGCUUUUCAUCGUGCCUGAAACAAAAGGCAAGAGCUUUGAAGCUAUCCAAGAAGCUCUUGGUGGUAGACGCAAACCCACACAGCCACCCACAGUAUACACCAUAAAUUAAUUCUGUCGUCACUUUUAGCGCACUGUACCUGGCGCGGCGGUAAAAAAUAAAUUAUUUUCUUAAUCA